AAGCCAGAUCAUCGUGAAGCCAGCCAUUGCUCCUAAGCUCCUUGAAAGCAAUAAAACAAGAGGGAGGAAGGGAAAUAAAAAGGAAAAACCAUAUUAGCUUAGCUAAUAUUUCUAGGCCCCUGUUCCUCUCCGGCAACACUUCCUGCUCACCCGGUUAGAUCGGAUCCAAUUGCCCUUUCUCUUCCAUCCCCUUUGAUUUUUCACCUUUGGAUUUUUGCUUUUCAUCAUCCCCAGCAAAACCAAAUGCUAUUAAACAAAACUCAAGAAAAGAAAAGAAAAAGAUAACCCACCAAUCAGCCAAGAGGCCAGAACCCAAAAACCACUCCCCCAGAAACAGAAAAUUUGCCAAAACCAAAAACACAAAGUGAAAACUCAAGGAAACAUAACAAAAACAAUACCUUCAAGCAGAAAAAAGCUGUUGGCCAUAUGUUCAUUGCAUGUGUUUUCCAGUUCCAUAUUUAGAAAAACUGGGUUUUUUCUUCCCUUUGGUGUGGUUGUAAAUGGGGAAUGUGACGUCGAGUGUGGCUGCAAAGUUUGCGUUUUUUCCACCAGAACCACCAACGUACGAUGUUUACAGGGAAGAAAAUGGGAAGCUGGUUUUGCCAGGGGUCACCGCGGACAAGAACAUGGAUGUUCAUUUGCUUGAUACCAAAGGUGGCAAUAAGAUCGUAGCAACCUUUUGGAAACACCCUUUUGCCAGGUUCACGCUCUUGUAUUCCCAUGGCAAUGCUGCUGACUUAGGCCAGAUGCAUGAACUCUUCAUUGAGCUCAGAGCCCACCUCCGUGUCAAUGUUAUGAGUUAUGAUUAUUCUGGAUAUGGAGCAUCAUCUGGCAAGCCAACUGAGCUCAACACAUAUUAUGACAUAGAGGCAGUGUACAAUUGCUUGAAGAAGGAAUAUGGAGUUAAACAGGAAGACCUGAUAGUGUAUGGCCAAUCUGUUGGAAGUGGGCCGACUCUGCACUUGGCUUCUCAUUUGCAGAAACUAAGAGGAGUUGUUCUUCAUAGUGCCAUCCUUUCAGGCAUACGGGUCUUGUAUCCUGUCAAGAUGACAUUUUGGUUUGAUAUUUUCAAAAAUAUAGACAAAAUACGGCGGGUCAGCUGUCCAGUUCUAGUUAUACAUGGUACAAAUGAUGACAUUGUAGAUUGGUCUCAUGGAAAGCGAUUGUGGGAACUUUCCAAGGAAAAGUAUGAUCCUUUAUGGGUCAAGGGUGGCGGCCAUUGCAACCUUGAAACUUAUCCAGAGUACAUUAAGCAUCUACGCAAAUUCAUAAAUGCGAUGGAGAAGAUAUCCAUUACAAAACCAACAAAGCAACUUACCUCUAUCCCCAGUCUCACAGAAUCUAAACACAAUAAAUGCUUGAGAUUUAAGAAAAAGGCAGCUGUACCAAAAAAGGAGUGAGUUGGAGCAGCUAGUUUCCAUUGUAAUUUGAAGACCAGCUCCCAGAAUUGAUCUACUGGGUGGCCUGCUUCAUGGACCCAAUGACUGGCAGCCAGGGUUGUUGUGCUUGAUCUGUUUCUCGGAGAUUGUGAACUGAUAGGAAUCAUAGAUCUAUAUGUAGUCUGUUUGAUCCAGAUCCUGUUUUUGAACCAUUUAUGUGGGUAGGGAGUUCUUGCUCUUUCUUGUGGCAGUAAGUGUUCCAUCAGAAAAUCCCAGAGAACAUGCUUCUUCCUCUGGGUUUCACUUGUGACUAAGUUCGUCUAUGUAAAAACUAUCAAACAUUUAGAAAGAAAAAAGGAAAUAGGUGGAUUACUUUACUUUAGUUUCAUAUUAGAUUCAAUUGGUUU